AGUUUCGUUAAAGUUGAGGGUAGUUUCAGCUUCUUGCAUUGAGGGUGAAAAAAAAUCGCUUAUAAGUCUGAACAGCCCUCGACUUUGCAAACUCACCUGUUUCCAAAGCCAGGUGGUGACUCAGCCCUUUAUUAAUUUACAGAAAGAACGGAACCAUCGCCUAGCUAAUUGGCAUAACUCGAUUUCUGUAAGAAGGUUCGCGUCAAACCCUAAGUUCCUAAUUGUAAGUCGAAAUCACAAGUUCGGAAGCGCACACGGAGAGAGUAUUGCGGGAAGCUUAAUUUUCAGAUGGCGCACCGAUUUUUGAGAGAUCACCAAGCUGAUGGAUGGGAACGUUCUGACUUUCCUAUCAUCUGUGAGUCAUGUCUCGGCGACAAUCCGUAUGUGCGAAUGACAAAAGCAGACUAUGAUAAGGAGUGUAAAAUUUGCACACGGCCGUUUACGGUUUUUAGGUGGAGGCCUGGUCGUGAUGCAAGGUUUAAGAAGAGUGAGAUUUGCCAGACAUGCAGUAAGUUGAAAAAUGUUUGUCAAGUAUGUCUUCUGGAUCUGGAAUAUGGAUUGCCUGUUCAGGUUCGUGAUACUGCUCUCAGCAUCAAUUCAAAUGACGCCAUUCCGAAGAGUGACGUGAACAGGGAAUUCUUUGCCGAGGAGCAUGAUCGGAGGGCUAGGGCUGGUAUCGACUAUGAAUCCUCAUAUGGGAAGGCACGUCCAAAUGAUACCAUCCUGAAGCUUCAAAGAACACAACCUUACUACAAGCGCAACAGAGCGCAUGUAUGCAGUUUUUAUGUUCGUGGGGAAUGCACAAGAGGUGCUGAGUGCCCAUAUAGGCAUGAAAUGCCUAUAACUGGAGAGUUGUCGCAGCAAAAUAUUAAAGAUCGUUAUUAUGGAGUGAAUGACCCAGUUGCACUAAAGCUACUCAAUAAGGCUGGCGAAAUGCCUUCUCUGGAACCCCCUGAGGAUGAAAGCAUCAAAACUCUUUAUGUGGGUGGAGUUGAUGCAAGGGUCACUGAACAAGAUCUGAGGGAUAACUUUUAUGCCCAUGGUGAAAUUGAAUCCAUAAAGAUGCAUCCACAAAAAGCAUUUGCUUUUGUAACCUACACAACACGAGAAGGUGCAGAGAAGGCUGCUGAAGAGCUGUCAAACAAACUAGUUAUAAAGGGUCUGAGGCUGAAGCUGAUGUGGGGAAAACCCCAGACACAAAGACCUGAAUCAGAAGGUUCAGAUGAAGCAAGGCAGCAGGCUGUGGCUCAUAGUGGGAUGUUGCCCCGUUCACUUAUAUCUCAGCAGCAAAAUCAAUAUCAACAGCCUGGUACUCAGGACCAAGCUGCACCAACGCCUUACUUUAAUAUUCCUCCUCCACCUCAGCAGGAAAGAGCCUAUUAUCCAUCCAUGGAUCCUCAAAGAAUGGGUGCACUUGUUCCAUCUGGAGAAGGGGAGACCAAGUCCGGUCCAGAGAAGCAGCAACAAGGACAGCAUUAUAAUUAUCCACCCAUUCCGCCUCCUCAUGGGCAAUACCACCAACAUCUUUAUCCCCCUUAUGGAUACAUGCCUCCAGUGGCACCAUAUCAACAUUACCCUCCAUAUCAGUCAUCAAUGGCCCAGCCAAAUGCCCCACCAAUGACACAGCAGUAUCAGCAAUCUGCUCCCCCUUGGCCUGCACCCCCACCAUCAGAAUCUGCACCCUCAACAUCAACCCCUUCAGGAGCUCCUGCACCACAGGGAUCAUCGCAGUAAUGAAAACAUAUCCCACAGAGCUUUGCUUCCAGCUCUUAUGUAAUGUAAUUUCUGGUCGGUUGACUCUUAAACUGGCUAUUGUUCUGCAGUCAAAUAUUUUGUUGCUUCUACAUGUGCAUUUUACCAGAAUAUUAACAAGUUCUUUGCCGGUA